AUGGGGAAUAUCUCCAAGGCCCCAGGGAGGGAGACAAGCCUGAAAGCUCUCCCAGAGGAACAGCUGGUGCUCAUGGCCAACUCCUCAUCUUGCCCUUCCACCAACAAGCAAAAGGUGGCAGAGAUGCUUUUCAAGAGCAUUGGGGUGCCAGCCCUGCACAUGGUCACCAGUCUGGCUGUGGAGGCUGGGUCAGGAGUGCCCCAGACGCCUGUUUGCCUGGGCCAGACCUGGAGGGAGGCCAGGUACCACCUCGGGGUGGCUGGUGGCCUUCUCUCCAGCUACCUGCACAGCCUGCUGAUGGAGAACCCCAAUGACCUCUCAGUGAUGAAGGCCUUGAAGCAGACGACAGUGAUCCAGCUGAAGAAGAAAUGCUGCUAUGUCUCCAUGGACUAA